AUGCCGGUAUCUCUACAGAGAGCGAGAGAAACCCUGGAGCAGUGUCUGAACGAACAGAUCGACAUGACUCCUGCUGCUGAUGAGGACCAUGACAGUCCUAUGGAGAUUGAGGAGCACACCCUUGCUGACACAGCUCUCCCUGUUCCUAGGGAUGGAGAUGAAGGUGGUGGUGAUGAUGGUGAUGGUGAGGAAUGCAUCAUCAAGGCCUACCCUCUGACCGACGCCAAGCACCUGAGCACCAAUCCAGCACUGGUGUCCAUCCAGCGACAGGGAGCUGUCCUGCAUCAUCUCAUGAUGGACAAACAGAAUUCAGACAGAACCAUGUCCAAAGAGUUGCUUGUGAAAGCAGCCCUCCUACUUGUCCUGGAGAGGGCCAGCCAUGAAGACUGGAAGCUACGCUCUGAUUGGUUGAAGUCCAUGGGAGCAUGCCCUGGAAGCAUGCUAGAUGUAGGGCAGUUGGCUGAAGGUGUUCUUCACAGCUUGAUUGAUCAUCCAAUCACAGAGCAGAUUGAGAGAGAGGUGAAGGAGCUGUGCUCUGAACACGAGAUGAAAGAUCUUCUGAUCAACUCACCCCUGGAUGUGCACUGGAAUGAGCAGUUGCUCCAGCUAUUCAGCGUUCGCCUCCAGAAGGCAGCAUCAGAUCAAGAAGAGAGCAUGGAAGAUGACAGUCCGGACUCGAUGGAAAGAAUCCAGACCCUAGCCAUGAGAUUGUUUGUAUUCCUGAGGAGAUCAUUGUCAGAGUCUUGCCUGGCUCAUCAAACCAACCCAGACACAGGGAGUAAGAAGAGACGGAAGCCAGUCACAGUUCUUCAACUUUCACAGGCUCUCCAGAAAGGGCGUCUGAGUAGCGAAGCCCUUCCUCAUCAGUCUGUAGCUCAUGUUGGUCCAUUCUUCCAGGCCUGGGACGAGUUCUUCUCAGAGAGACUCGCCGCCGAUGGACCUCUGGAAGAGGACCAAGCCUUUCAGAUUCUCAUGGCCUGUGGUUGGAGAGAUAGGUUGUGGCAGCUGUGCACUCAACCAAUCACAGAUGGCGAUAGAUUCUCCUUUGGUCAGCUAGCUCUCCAUUGGGACUGGUUCCUGAAAGAAACCGUCCAGGUUGUGAAGUCAGUACUAAAUGGUUCUUCAAGCUUACCAGUGGCGCUGCAUACCAUCAUGAAAUGCCUGCACGCCUCUCUGAGCCACAGUGACACGCCCUCGACAACGACCCUUGACCUCGGCCAGCGGGAGGGUCUCUGUAACCUCCUCGGCCAGCCCCUCCCCUUCCAGACGGCCCACAUCGCAGAGACCAGCCAGCGCAUCACGAAGCUCUGCCAGGCCUUGGACGUGACUGGACAGGCCGGAGGAAAGACGAUGGGAAGGCGGCGGGAUGCGGAUCGUUGCGUUGCGUUCAUGUCAAGCAGUCAUGGACCAUUCACGUGCAGGUUGCUUGAGGAUUGUCUAAUGAAGGCUGUGGUUCUGCAGGACCAAUCUGAACUUGCUUCUGAAGCUGUUGGACCAAUCGAGUACAACCUCGUGCAGCGGGGCCUUCUACCCAAAAAUCCCACCCUCUACCCCGAGGAGCCCAAUGCCACCCCUGAUCAGAGACAUGGAACAGUCCAAGAUGCUCGUGAGAUGACUGUCUGGCUAUGGCCCAUCAAGGAACACUUGGCCCUUACCACUUCUCAGCGGGUGGUUGCACAGAUGAUGUCAGAAACCUUCAAGCAAACAGGGCUUCAAAGCUUCAACAACGAGGGGCAACUGAGGGACAUUGAAUCCCUAUACGAGUUUACACGCUUCCAAGUUCCCUUCAACCCGUACCUGCUCUGCCCCCUCAACACAGUCCUCCUGCACCCCCAUAGCAAGAUUGGAUCAGUCCAAGGUCAUACAGGGGUCAUUGCCGAGGUAGCAGCUGCCCAUCUGCUUCACAUGCAGUCUAACACUGUAGCUGCAUCAAUGGAGAGGUGGUUGUCAUGGAAACCCAGCGUUGAAGACGAUGAGGAGAUGCAGACUUAUUUGUCGGAAGACAGCAGCUCUGUUAUGGGUCCUGCCAACCUCCACACACCUGUCCAAACCAGGUGCAUGUUCCACCUGCUCUCCGAUCACCACCACCACGCCCAUCCCCCCUCCAUCACACCCCACGCUGAGAAAAGGCCGAAAGAAGAGGCAAAGCAGGUGCAGGAGGGGGGCAAGAGUAUCCCCCUAGAGUCCUGGGAGGCCCAUCAGGACCACCUGCAAGAGAUCCUGGAGGUUCUAUGGAGGAAUUCUGGAUGGACGACCAGCAAGGGAUAUGACUUCAUGUAAGAUGAGAUUCUUUUAUUGGUAUCAU